CAGAAUUUAAAAUAUAGCUCCCAAGCUUAUACAACAAAAUGAUAGUAGAUGUCUGUCUUCACUGGAAGGAUUUCAUGCGUUGUAUACUUACAGGCUACCCGUAAUGGAAGACUACAUUAAGGAUAAAGCACAGUAAUCUUUCCUUUUUUCUCAGCAUCGAGUCAGUCUUUCUAUUCUACUGCUUCCAUUGUUAGGCUAAAGAAUGAAUCCCAAUGUUUGGAACAUCAAAGAUUUAUUCAGCGUUCCUCCAGGAACUGGGGGGAGUAAGUCUUCAGGUCGGAAUGGUACCGGGGACCACUCGAGCCUGACAGAUUCACAGUUUUUGUUCGGUUCCCAGCUUUGCGCAGAUAUUUCUCAACCGUCAACCAUUGACUACAAACAGAUGAAGAAUUCGCAGCAAAACUCCCAGGAAAAUGACUCCAGCCUCUUCCUGAAAUACCAGACAAAACCCAAUCUGUUCAACAGCGACCCAAAGGAAAAGAGUUCAUUUUCAUUAUUUGGUACAGCAAAACAGAAAGGGAUUUUGGAUCAGUAUGAAGAAAGCAAGAAAAAAACUAAAGAAAAAUUAGAAAGUGAGCAGCUACAUAACUUGAUUUCCAGCAUUCAACUAACUAUACAGGAGUUGAAAACAGCACUUUGCCAGAUUGAGGAGAAUGCUCAUUUACGGUCCACGUCACUCGUGGAUUCUAUGAACGCCGGUACUAAAACAUUACAGGAUAAUGCAUCCUUACAUUGUGAAUCAAUACUAAAAGUAUUGUCAGCUAAAUGUAAUGUGGAACAAGCAUUAGAGGGCUUUGAACAAAAACUGCAUACGAAUGGCGAGGAGAUGGCAGAUCUAAAGUCAAACAUGCAGCUGCUAUUGUCAAACAUGGAUGCAUUAAAAUCUCAACAGUGCGAGCAGCAAGUAAUACUGUCAGAAAAAAUAAGUUGGUUGUCAGAUUAUAUAAAGUCUUCUGAAGAUAAAAUAAUUAGUGAGCUUCAGAAGAUUAACUUGGUUCCCCUUCGCUUAAAAGACAACAGUGCACAGACUUCACCAGCAGCCAUUCCGAAUAUAUCUCUUAAAAACCAUGUUGAACCACCGUUUAGUGUAAAGACGACUUUACCAGAGCGGUUACCCCUGUUACAAGGCAACAUUCAACCCCAAACCAAUGGAACUAGUAAUGCUUAUUCUGCAGAUCCUGAAGAAAAUGUAUCCGAAUCUACUGAUUGUGUUAAGAAUUCUUCAUCGGGUUGUGAAUUCAGCAAUAUUUCAGAGAAGGGUCCUACAUCUCGAAGAAAAGCUGUUAGAAUCCCAACAGUUUCAUACAAUGCGACCCAAAAACAUACGCAGAAGUCAAAGCAUGAAAAUAGCUACGACAGCUCAGGUAAUUUGUUUAAGAAUGUAGAUUCAUCUUUUGGCAAGGAAAAUGCACCACGGAAGAACGUAGCAAAGGAAAAUGGGCAAAGAAACGGGAAGAGAGGAACAGCCAACAAACAUAAAACAAACUAUAGAAAGAAACCAUCAGGAUCUUCCAGGAGAAAGAAUACAGAUGCAGCUUCUAGAACUCUAGCAAAAACAUCUAAAGUUAAAUCUAGAAAUGAACCUGUCAGCUUGGAACGUGGGACCUCUGUCAUCAUUUCAGAAGCAGACUGCCUGAGCCGUUAUACAGAGAGCUGCGGCUCUUCAUUACCUGUCAUUCAUGCUCCGCUGAGAAAAGCACAGAAGAAGAACAGGGAUCAACUGUCCGUACUCAGUUCCCAUCAAAGAACAGAGCAGCAAUCAUCUGCAAAGCGACAACCCUAUGCCGGCGAUAAAACCGGCCUGUAUACAAAAGAAAAAAAGAUGUUUCGCUGGGAUUUUUCCACACAAGAAGGCAUGGACCUGCGUUGCAGUUUACAGAAUGAAAGUCAUUUGACCUGGUUUUGCCCCUCGAGCCCUUUGCUGGAAAUCAGCCCGAGUCACCCGGCCACCCAGUUCGAGGAAAGAAAUUUCAUGUCUGUGUUUUUUGGUAGCAGUGAUGACUCUGACUAACAAGAGGUGUCAGAUUCAGCUUGACACCUGAUGUCUGUAUUCACAUUUCAUUGCACUCUGGGCAUAAUAAUUACAA